UCAUAUCCUACAACAUCUUACAUAAUCUACUGCAAGCCUAAUGGUUUCUCCCCUCCCUGGGUGGGGAGACCUCCUUCCUGUUAUCAGUUUCACAGUGGUCACAAGUUGUCUGUCAUAAGCUGUCUGUUAACAGUUCCUCUUUUCCUUAAAUGUCUCACUUACAUUGCUAAAUAGUAAAGUCUUAACUUGUCCUAUGCACACAUAUUAUAGAAUUACAGUCUUAUAAUUCUAAUUCUUUACACAGUUAUGCGUUUCAGGUCGGAAUCAUUUAGUCAUUACCUUAAACAUAUACAUUCUUUUAUCAGGUUUGCAACUGCACAUGGGGACAAAGAUUUUACUUUUUGGAGAAAUGUCCUCUGGUCUGAUGAAACAAAAAUAUAACUAUUUGGCCAUAAUGACCAUCGUCAUGUUUGGAGUAAAAAGGGGAUGCUUGCAAGCCGAUGAACACCAUCCCAACCAUGAAGCACGGCAUGGCAGCAUCAUGUUGUGGCAGUCCUUUGCUGCAGGAGGGACUGAUGCACUUCACAAAAUAGAUGGUAUCAUGAGUCAGGAAAAUUAUGUGGAUAUAUUGAAGCAACAGCUCAAGACAUCAGUCAGGAAGUUAGUUUUUCUCAAUUGCUAAAACACUAAAACCCAUUGGCUGAACAAAGUUCGCAGUUGCCUGGACUCAUUUAGCUAAUUAUGCCGUCUGUUGUCAAUACCUUAAACCAUUUCACAUGGUAAAACACAAUUUGCAGAUCUCACUUAGACUUUUCAGCAAAACUCUAAACACAUUCUCAUUCUCAAAACACAUUCUGCACUCUAAUGCACAUGUCAUCCAUACUGGUAAACGCAAGUGGCAACAAUCAAAUACAAAUAGAGAACACAUGUCAUUGAUUGAACACAACCACUCAAAAUUGAUUUAACCCGUUUCAAAUGAUGCGACACAACCAAUAUAAGCCAGUUCAGAGAGCAAACAGGUUGUUGAAGAUGGGAAGGAGAAAGUCUGAGAAUGGAUAGAAGAAACAAUGUGAGAGGACGAGUGCGUAUGCGAGGUGGGCGACGAGGAGGAGGGCAAGAAAGAGGAAGACGAAGAGGAAGACAAAGAGUGGAAAUAUCUGAUGAAAUUCGAGCAACAGUUAUAGACCAUGUUCUUGUCCAUGGACUGACAAUGAGGGAAGCAGGACUUAGAGUGCAACCCAAUUUGAGCCUAUUUUCUGUGUCCACCAUAGUAAGGACAUUCAGAGAAGAGAACAGAAUUGCAAGGUUGCCACAUGCAGGUGGAAGGACAGCUAUAUUCACUCGGGAGCAAGAGGCCGUUAUAGUUGGCAUGGUCCUUCAAGAUAAUGCAAUACGACUCAGAGAAAUCCAGGAACGAGUGAUACAAGACAACACACACUUCCAGGGAAUCGACAGUGUGAGCAUUUCCACAAUUGACCGUGUCCUCCUUCGUAACAGGAUGCGAAUGAAACAAGUAUACAGAGUACCUUUUGAGCGCAACUCACCAAGGGUGAAAGAACUGCGAGCUCAGUAUGUGCAAACAAUAUUUGACUUGGAAUCCUUGGACAGACCCCAUAAGUUCAUCUUUGUCGAUGACGCAGGCUUCAAUCUAACAAAGAGGAGAAGGAGAGGCCGAAACAUGAUUGGACAGCGGGCCAUUGUUGAAGUCCCUGGUCAACGAGGUGGCAAUGUCACAAUCUGUGCUGCUAUCAGCAACCAUGGUGUUCUACAUCACCGUGUUACACUCGGGCCAUAUAACACCCAGCACCUUCUAAGAUUUAUUGCCAAUUUAAGAGAUAUUUUAUUUGAGCAGCAGGUUCAAGAGCAGCAGGGUCAAGUGCUAAAUGAGAAUCCCAUUCCCACCUAUGUGAUAAUGUCAGUUUCCACCGAGCUGCUCAGGUAAGGGAAUGGUUUAACAUCAAUGGGCAGUUUGUGAACUUGUACCGCCCUCCAUACUCACCUUUCCUGAAUCCGAUUGAGGAGUUUUUCUCCUCUUGGAGAUGGAAAGUGUAUGAUAGACAACCCUACACCAGAGUAAAUCUGCUGCAAGCCAUGGAUUUAGCCUGUGGUGAUAUAGGUGAGGAAUCAUGUCAGGGCUGGAUACGGCACUCUUCUUCCCCCGUUGCCUCAGGAGGGACAAUAUUGCUUGUGAUGUCGACAAAGUGCUCUGGCCUGACCCAGCCCAAAGACAAGAAGAAGCACAUUGAUCACAUGUUUACUCUUUGUGUCCCUUUUAGUAUUGUAUACUGUAAUACAGUGCAUUGUAGGCUGUAUACUGUACAAUGGACAAAAUGUAUGGCCCUGAACAUUGUGCUUUCCAUUUAUUAACAGUACUGACUGCUCAAUAGCUUUUGACUGGUUGCAGGUUCAUAUCAACAAAGAACAAGAAUUACAGUAUCACAGAGACGAAGGACAAGUUUGUGAGAUGCAGGGCACCGUACUGUAAAAAUAGGGGUACAAGGAGGAGGAAGAACAAAAAAACUAAUUGCAAAGAGCAAAGCAGAGUAGUAAUUUCUGAUCAAUUUUGAGCUACUAUGAUAGAAUAUGUUUUUGUUCAUCAAAAGACAAUGACGGAAAAAUAUGAAUAUUUUUUUUUGAUAAAGAAUGUACUUCUCCCUGAGAAUUGUA